GUAAUGUUGAACACCUAUCUACUAAGGUCAGUAGUAGAGUGCCCUGAUAAACACUUCGACUACGUCAACCGGAAACACUCAUCUCAAUUCCACACACCAGAGACAUGACGUCGCUGUUGUUGAUUUUCAGUUUCCUGUUCCUCCUCAGCGAUAACCGUGCACAAUCACAGCUGUUUUUCCAGAAACUUCAACAAGCGUCUGCAGGAAGCAGAUGUAUGUCUGGGUCAAUAGCAUGCUUACCGGCCCCAUGGUGUCAAACAGUUAAAGAUGAAAAUGGCUGUCCAAGAUGCAAGUGCAACAGAAGUUUCAGAUCAUCCAGAGAGACACCUCACGCAGGCGCAAUGAGUCCCUUUUCCACAUCUAUGUUUGGAUCUAAUGGUGGUUUCGGCUUUCCCGGAUUUCCCAGCUUCAGUGGCCAGAUGGGACCGAUGAAUCCGAUGGCGGCCAUGUUUGGUUCCGGAAGUUCAAUGUCCGGAACAGGAAACUCUCCUAUGUCUGGGCCGAUGGGAUUUUCUGGGGGUAUGUCUUCUAUGGGGGGAUUCAUGGGACAGAUGAAUCCAUUGCUGGGUGCGUCUGCUGGACUGACCAAUCAGAAAACACCUAGCAACAAUAAAACUUCGUGUGAUCCCGCCCCCUACACGUGUCCGGCCCCGCCCCCAUGGUGCCAGCGCAUUGUUGAUGAGGGAGGAUGCACUAAAUGCCUGUGUGGAGAAGAGUUGCAGACUUACUAUGACAAAAUUCAAGGAGUAACAAAAAGCACAACAGCAAAACCCCCCACUGUUACUGUCAACCAAACAAGAUCUACAAUGACGCCACAAGCCUCUUCUUCUACCAUUACUCCUGUUAAAACCACGCCCAUCACCACAUUUGCCCCGCCUCUCGGUAAGGCGUGUCUUGCAAACUUUUUUUGUACACUGGAUUGCCGAACUGGAUACCGGACGGAUUCUGUGGGAUGCCCGCUGUGUUCUUGUAAUGGCGACAGUUCACUCAUCACGCAAGCAACACAUAUUCCAGAUUCGUCCACGUCUCCAGUUCCCUUUACUACACUACCAAUUUCCGGUUCCGGUAGUCCUAUUGGAGAUUUGAAUGUAGUUUGCCCCGGGAUAUUCGAUUGCAUGAAACAAUGCCUGAAUGGAUACCGUGUGGACGGGCAGGGAUGUCCUCUUUGUGAAUGUAUUCAAUAAAUAAUUGGAGAAAA